CGAUUAUUAUCUUCCGCCUAGUCUAACGCGUAACCAUCAAUGUAGUUAGUUAACUGACAGGUGUUAUGAAAUCAGCAUGAUAAAACCAAGGAUUUAUUUAUUUUAAACACAUGUGUAUCCUGUAUACUGCUGCUAAACACUUGGUUUGUUAAAAAUGCAUACUCAAAUGCUGUGCAAAGGUACGGCAGCGGCUGUCGCUGCUCGGAGAAUGAGGAAUAUUCUGGGACCUCUCUUGGGCAGGGACGGAUGGACUCAGAGAACACAUGAGGUCAAAUUCGUCAACACCUCAUCAGGUGAGACUGUGAAGAUUGGAGAGGUCUCUUAUCAGAUCAAAACACCCCAGAAUCCAGAACUAGUUCCUGUCAUGCACAUUGCAGGCUCACUACCUCAGACAGUGGCCCAGCAUCUACGGUGGAUCAUGCAGAAAGACCUGCUGGGCCAGGAUGUCUUUCUAAUUGGACCCCCUGGACCACUGAGACGCUCCAUUGCCAUGCAGUACUUGGAGCUGACGAAACGCGAGGUGGAGUAUGUGUCCCUGUCUAGAGAUACAACAGAAACAGACUUGAAACAAAGGAGGGAGAUCCGUUCUGGUACAGCCUUCUACAUAGACCAGUGUGCUGUGCGGGCGGCUACCGAGGGCCGCAUCCUGGUGCUGGAGGGCCUGGAGAAGGCCGAGAGGAACGUGCUGCCGGUGCUCAACAACCUGCUGGAGAACCGCGAGAUGCAGCUUGAGGACGGACGCUUCCUCAUGUCCUCCCAGCGCUACGACCAGCUGCUGCAGGAGCACACCAAAGUGGAGAUGGACGCCUGGCAGAUCGUUCGCGUCAGCGAGGACUUCCGGGUCAUUGCACUGGGACUUCCUGUGCCAAAGUAUAAGGGCAACCCUCUGGACCCCCCGCUCCGCUCCCGCUUCCAGGCCAGAGACAUCUACUACCUGCCCUUCAAGGACCAGUUGGAGUUGCUGUAUGCGGCUGGACCAAACAUCGCUCCUGAAAGGGUGUCCCAGCUGCUGUCCAUGGCCACCACCCUCUGCUCCCAGGAGUCGUCGACGCUGGGCCUACCAGACUUCCCCGUGGACAACCUGCCCUCCGUUCUCCAAGUGCUGAAUGUCCUUCCCAUGCUGGCAUCCAAGCAGAUGGUGCAGAGGCUGUAUCCCUACCACAGCAUGCUGGGAAAGGAGGGACUCACUGCCGUGGAGGGUGUCCUCAGUAGAUUUGAGCUCUUGGAUGACCAUGGUCAACCGGCUCCCAGCGCUGUGGCCAGCGUCAUUCCCACCACUGAUUUCCAGGCGGAUGUCACACUAAGGAUCGCAGACAAGGAGGUCACCUUUCAGGUCCCAGCCGGCACCAAUGAACCGCGGCCACCCAACAGUAGCCCCGCCUUUAUCAGUACCCCAAGCCAAGCCCAGCUGCUGGCUGAAAUGAUGACAUCACACAUGGUCAAAGACAUGUGUCUGAUUGGGGCCAAGGGUUGUGGGAAGUCGGUGAUCGCCAGAGAGUUUGCAGAGAUACUGGGAUACAGCAUGGAGCCCCUCAUGCUGUAUCAGGACAUGACGGGUCGGGACCUGCUCCAGCAGAGGUACACGCUGCCCAACGGUGACACGGCGUGGCGGCCGUCGCCGUUGGUUACCGCCGCCCAGGAGGGAAAGCUGCUGCUUCUGGAUGGCAUACACCGAGUCAACCUGGGCACGCUGGCCGUGCUCUCCAGGCUCCUCCACGACCGGGAGCUGUCCCUGUACGACGGCACGCGGCUGCUCCGCUGGGACCGCUACCAGACGCUGAAGGAGCAGUUGGAGCUGACUGACCAGGAGCUGCAGGAAAGGUCUAUAUUCCCCAUCCACCCGUCGUUCAGGAUCCUGGCCCUGGCCGAGCCCCCCGUAGUGGGGGUCCACGGUGGGGCCGGGGGGAACCAACAGUGGUUGGGCCCCGAGCUGCUCACCAUGUUCAUGUUCCACUCAGUCAGUCCCCUGGCCCGGGCGGAGGAAGCCCGCCUCAUCCAGGGACUGACGCCCAACGCCCCUACAGAGGCCGUGGAGCAGCUGCUGCACCUCGCACACAGCCUGCGCUCGGCCAAUGACCCCACGGCCAAGUCCCUGGCUUCCUCUCUCUCCACCAGACAGCUGUUGAGGGUCUGCCGCCGUCUCUCCCAGUACCCCGAGGAGAGCGUCGAGUACGCCGUCAACAAGGCCUGCCUCUCCAGGUUCCUGCCUAGCCUGGCCCGUGCCUCCCUCCAGAAGAGUCUCUCCGACUGUUCCAUCCAGAAGUCCCCAGAGCCGGCUGGAUCCAGAGCCAACCUCGGCUGUGCGGUGGAGGACGGUGUGCUGACCAUUGGCAGUGUGUCCGCUCCCAUCUUCAGCGCCGGGGAGAAGAUGAAGGUCCCCGACGUUCUCUUCUACGACAACGAGCAGCACAUGAUGGUGAUGGAGGACAUGCUGAAAGACUUCCUGCUAGGGGAACACCUUCUAUUGGUCGGAAACCAGGGCGUGGGCAAAAACAAAGUGGUUGACCGCUUCCUGCAUCUCCUGAAUCGUCCCAGGGAGUACCUGCAGCUCCACAGAGACACCACGGUCCAGACUCUCACCAUGCAGACGUCCGUCCGGGACGGCAUCAUCGUGUACGACGACUCGCCGCUGGUGAAAGCGGCAAAGCUGGGCCACAUCCUGGUGAUCGACGAGGCUGACAAGGCGCCGACCAACGUCACAUGCAUCCUGAAGGCCCUGGUGGAGAGCGGCGAGAUGAUCCUGGCCGACGGUCGAAGAAUCGUCUCAGACCCCCGUGAGGUCCAGGCGAGGCCCAAUGUCAUCCCCAUGCACCCAGACUUCAGGAUGCUAGUCCUGGCCAACCGGCCGGGCUUCCCCUUCCUGGGGAACGACUUCUUUGGCUCUCUAGGGGACAUCUUCAGCUGCCACGCCGUUGACAACCCCAAGCCACAGGCGGAGCUGGCCAUGCUGAGGCAGUACGGCCCGCAGGUGCCCGAGGCCACCCUCCAGAAGCUGGUGGCGGCCUUCGGGGAGCUGCGCUCCAUGGCCGACCAGGGCACCAUCACCUACCCCUACUCCACCAGGGAGGUGGUCAACAUCGUCAAGCACUUGCAGAAGUUCCCCGAGGAGGGCCUGGCCAACGUGGUGCGCAACGUCUUCGACUUUGACUCGUACAACAAGGACACGCGGGACGUCCUGAUCGAGGCGCUGCACAAGCACGGCAUCCCCAUCGGAGCCAAGCCCACCUCCGUCAGCCUGGCCAAGGAGUUGCCCUUGCCAGAGGUCACCAUGUCGGGCCACUGGACCAUCAACCAGGGAGGAAACGCCCGCCGCAAGCUCCUCUGCCCCACCGAGACCCGGCAGAUAGACGUGAAGGGGCCGGCAUAUCUGCGGGUGCAGGGCUACCCCUGUGACAGGCAGGAGAGCCGGGCCUUGAGUUUCAGCGAGGAGAAGGCCCACUGGCAGCUACCCAUGAAUGAGGUCAACAUCAUCUGUGACGUGGCCACCAAGGACGACUCGCUGUACGUGGCCACGUGUAACCCCGUGUCGCUGUUCUCCAUGAAGGAGCGCGGGGACACCGUCCACUGCAUGGAGCUCUACGACGUCUUCCCCAGGACCAUCAGCGGGGUCUGGCAGCCCUUCAUCACCAUCGCCCCCCUGGGAAGCCCCCUGGACGGGCAGGUGGUGCUGCAUGAGGAGCAGAGUAACACGGUUCUGCACCUGGACCUGGGAAGCGGGGCGGUGCGCCGGCUGGUUCUGUCCCCGGACGCAGAGCCGCCCGUCACCAAGGCCUCCAACUGGUGGAGCAGCAGCAGCAAGGAGCAGCAGGCAAGCUAUAAGAUGUGCCGUGAGUUCGCUCACAAAAAUUGGCUUCUCUUCUUCAAGGAGGAUGGCAACCAGCUGGAGGUGCUGGACGUCCUCGAGGGCCAGGUACACUCCAUCUCCCUGCCCAUUAACCUGAAGGACGUGUACCUGGUGGCGGAGGACCGCUGGCUGCUAACAGAGAGCAACAGCAACAAGAAGUUCCUCCUGACUAAGCCUAUGCACAUGGGAGCGGAGGACUCUGGCGUGUGUCAGCUGCACACCAUCAGCGAGGACGCCGUCAGCGCCGGUCACGGAGCCACCUCCGGCGAGGCGUGCGUGCCCGACAUGGUGUCGUCCGACCAGCUUCCCAACGAGAACCUGAGCGCCGCUCUGGGCCAGAGGAUCGUCUCCCCCAACCGGCUGGUGGCCGACGGGGGGUCCUACGCCCAGCUGGUGGUGGGCUUCCCUGACCUGAUGUCUCCUAACGAGGUGUACAGCUUCAAGAGGCCCGUGCACCUGUCGGACGUGAAGAGCGGCGAGGGCGCCGGGAGUCUCUUCCUCCGGGGAGGAGGAGGAGGGGCCGGCCCUCGCACCAGCCCGGCCAAGCGCAGCAACUGCAUCGGCCUGCUCUCAGCCAAUCAGGUGGUCCGAGCCCUCCCGCCCACCCGGGUGCCCCUGAAGGAGAUCUUUCCCAAAGAUGUCACCCCUCCCAUGACAGCAGCCUACCUGGAGGUGACAGACCUGAACUCGAAGAAGCUCAAAUAUGUUCCAGUCCCAAGGUCAACGUCUGCGUCGCCCUACACAAAUUGGUUGUCUAAGGUGUCAGACUGUGAUGUUGUUAUAGCCGCCCUGGGCUCUGGCAACGUAGUCACUGUUGAUAUGGGCGGGUGUGUCCGUCUGUGGGAGACGGGAUUGGACAACCUGCAAAGAUCUUUGUUGGAAUGGAGAAAUAUGAUUGGCUCAGAGGACGGCCGGCCAAUACAGAUAACGGUCCAGAGGGACAGUGGUCUGGAUGUCAGCGGCCCCAAACAUGGAAAGAUUGACGCCAAGAACGCUCCCCACGUGGGGGGGAACCAGUGGGCCGGGGGCACUGGAGGCAGAGACACGGCGGGCCUGGGGGGCAAGGGGGGUCCCUACCGGCUGGACGCCGGCCACAAGGUGCACCAGCUGUCCCAGGCCGAGAAGGACUCCGUGCCCGAGGACGUGCGCAAGGCGGCGCGCGAGAUGGGCGAGAAGGCCUUCAAGGACAGGUUGAAGGAGAUCAAUAUGAGUGAGUACGAUGCCACCUCAUACGAACGCUUCUCACUGGCGGUGAGAAGACAAGUGCAGUCCCUCCGAAUCAUCCUCGACAGCCUACAGGCCAAGGGAAAGGAGCGGCAGUGGUUGAAGAACCAGGCACUGGGAGAACUGGACGACGCCAAGAUCAUAGACGGACUGACGGGGGAGAAGGCCAUAUACAAACGCAGGGCAGAGCUGGACCCUGAGCUGGGUAGCCCUCAGCAGAAGCCCAAGCGACUCCGCGUGCUGGCGGACGUGUCGGGCAGCAUGUACCGCUUCAACGGGCUGGACGGCCGGUUGGAGCGCUCCAUGGAGGCGGUGUGCAUGGUGAUGGAGGCGCUGGAGAGCUACGAGCACAAGUUCAAGUACGACAUCGUGGGGCACUCGGGCGACGGCUGCGACAUCGAGCUGGUCCGGGCCGACAAGGUGCCCAAGAACGACAAGGAGAGGCUGAAGGUUCUUAAGACCAUGCACGCCCACGCCCAGUUCUGCAUGAGCGGCGACUACACCCUGGAGGGCGCCCAGGCGGCGGUGCGGGAGCUGGCCCGGGAGGAGGCGGACGAGCGCUUCGUGGUGGUGCUGAGCGACGCCAACCUGGAGCGCUACGGCAUCCAGCCGGAGCGCUUCGCCCAGGCCCUGACCUCCGACCCCGGGGUCAACGCCUUCGCCAUCUUCAUAGGCUCCCUGGGCGACCAGGCCGAGAGACUACAGAAGACCCUGCCGGCAGGAAGAUCUUUCGUCGCCAUGGACACCAAGCAGAUCCCGCAGAUCCUGCAGCAGAUCUUCACCUCCACCAUGUUGUCCAGUGCCUGAACCCGACACGGGGACACAAGGGCGCACACACACACACACAAAUAAAAACACACAAGGAUACACACAAUCACAAACACCCACACACACACAAAAACGAGGCUGCCCGGCUUUAAAACACAUUGAGAGAAUAUCUUGUGUGUCCCUCACCCACUCUCAUUGUUCCAGGCCUCCAACCAAGAGGGGAAACAGUUGCUUUUCUCAACAUCCAUUCUAAUGAUCAGAGGGCUGAUUGUAGCGGCAGAGAGAGGAGGAGGCCUGAACGUGCGCUGAGCGAGAAAACGUCAGCCGCUUGUUACGGGGGAUGUUAUGAAGACGCUACUAUGACAAGGGCAGCGCUCUGAGCCACUGUCUUUAGUUUCAAUAGAGAAGGGACAGGGUGGAAGGAUGUCCGUUUAGGGAAUGGGUGAGGGGGUGGGGUGAGAGAGGAAGUGAAACAGGCCGCUCCAGCUGGGUUAUUUAGUUUUUGGACACUUCCUGUCAAAUCCCCCCCCCCCCCCCCGGGUUUGAAACCAAAAGAUUCCCGGUUCACAGAGAGGAGCGCUGUCACAGGGGUGCCACCUGACUCAGACUCAGACGGGCAGGCCAGCGUCCCCGUCGCUCCCCCCUGGAAUGCUGGGAUCGCGUCCUGGGGAAUUUCCCACCUGACUGCACAUGCUCAAUAUAGGCAGACGCCGUUUCACAACCCCCCCCCCUGUGGUGUGUGUGCUAGUGUCGGUGUGUGCGGUUGCCCACAUGUGUGUGUGGGAGUGUGUGUGGGGGGGGGGGGGGGGGUGUUUGUGUGCGCUCUCUUCCACUCCUUCCCUGUCAACAAGCGCAGGCCUUUCCUUCCUGAGUGGAACCGUGACGCCGUGUGCUCGUCUCAGCCCUGCAGGGAAUCUCAGCUCUGGUUUCUGUCGACCCCCCCCUUCUCUACCCCUACACACACACACACACACACACACACACACACACACAGACCUAUAUACCACCUACUGCGACAGCAAUCGUCCACUAUUGCGUUGCGAGGCAGAUUUGGGUGAGGCGUUGUGUGAGGCGGCAGGGUCAUGUCUGCCAGAGGUUUGCCUUCUCUCAGUGCCGCUCGUAUCUAAUGAAGAGGUCCGUGGGACGCCUCCGUCUGUGUGCCUGCAGAGUUCUCUUCCUUUAUGGUGGGGAAUGUUUUCCCACCCCUUUUGUAUGUUUAAAAGCAUAACAAUUAGAAAUUGAGCGUAAUUUGUCAUUCGGGGUAUGUUUGUGAAGGAAAGAAUCCUAUUCUCCAUUCUCCGUUUUAAACCAUUCUGAUAUUUUGUUACAUUUCUAUUUUAGGGCAUUCAUCGUCUGACAUUUAUUUUGUUAUUUAAUUACCCUGUAAUUAUGUUUUUAAUAUGUACAAAACAAUGAAUAAAAAUAAACAGUAUACAAAUGAAACAGAAAA